CUACAUUUGCUCAGCCCUCUAAUAAGAAUAAAUAGUUUUGGCUUUUUAAGAAAAGGAUCAGAAAAGGAGUUCAUUUGUUGGCUCCACAGUUCUUCCCACUGUAAUUUGUAUUCGUUUUAAACCGAUUCUUUCUUUUUUAACACCAUGGGAGGCUGUGCGAGCAAACCUAAGGAGUCUGAUAUCCUUGAAACCUCUGCCACCACUGAGAAUGUUGUUGUCGAGUCCAAGAACGUCGAAUCCGAAGCAGUGUCUCAGGAGAAGGCAGAUGAAGUUGUUGCAGAGAAGACGGAAGAGUCUACUGUAGAUGGAGCAGAGACACAGAAGGAAGCUGAACCAGCCAAACCAGCUGAAGCUGAGGUAGCCAAGCCUGUUGAGGCUGAAGCAGCCAAGCCAGCUGCAGAGGCUGUGAAAACCGAAGAAACUAAAGAAGCUGUUGAGGAGAAAGCUUCUGGUGAGACUGAGGCACCAAAGCAAGAGGAGGCUGCACCAGCCAAUGACACCAAAACCACCGAACAGCCUCUUGUAACCCUUUAAUUUUCAUAUUCGUCUCUCUCAAAUCUCAAUCCGUUGUAAUCAACUCCGUAAUUUGUAUUUCUCACAAAUGUUGCAUUGCUAAUGUUCCCACUUGUUUGUCAUUUGUGAUAUCCUAAAAAUAUUUGUCACA